AAGUAGUGUGUGUAUGUAUGUAUGUGUGUGUGAAUAUGGGAGUAAAGAAGAGAGGGAAAGAAAAAGAGGACAUAGGGUGCUGCGAAUUCCCCUACCUCUUCCCUCUAUUUCAUCACAGAAUCUCCUCCUUCACCCUCUCUGCAUCUACUAGUGCAUAUGCAGUGUAAACUCUAUGAUAUUUUAUCUUCACUUUCACUUUUCUAAUAUCCUUUGUUCCUCUAGAAUCCUACUCCUCUAAGACAGUUAUCUCACAAAUGGGAACUUCUAGUUUCAUCUUUGUACUAUUUAACAUCCUCCUUUUGUGCCUCACUUGUGUUUCUUCACUUCCUAUGUCUCUGAGAAGCCAAGCUGAAACAUUGGUGUCUCUCAAACAAGGUUUUGACACUAAUAACAUCACUUCAUUGGAAACCUGGGACAUGUCAAACUACAUGUCCCUUUGCAUCACUUGGCAUGGCAUUCAGUGUGGACAAAAGAACAACAUGUCAGUGGUGUCACUAGACAUUUCCAACUUGAACCUUUCUGGGACACUCUCACCAGCAGCCAUCACAGGCCUCAGGAGCCUGAGAUUCCUCAACAUAUCCAACAACAUGUUCAGUGGAAACAUGAUGAGUUGGGAAUUCUUCAAAUUGAAAGAGCUUGAAGUUUUGGAUGCUUACAACAAUGAGUUCAAUUGCUCCCUCCCUCUUGGUCUCUGUGUGGUCAAAAAGCUCAAGCACUUGAACCUUGGUGGGAACUACUUCCAUGGUGAAAUCCCUCCUAGCUAUGGAAACAUGGUGCAGCUUAACUACUUGUCGCUUGCAGGGAAUGAUUUGAGAGGUUUUAUACCCUCUGAGCUUGGAAAUCUCACUAACCUGACACACCUUUCCUUGGGAUAUUACAAUCAAUUUGAUGGUGGAAUCCCACCUCAUUUUGGAAAUUUGAUCAAUUUAGCUCAUCUUGACAUUGCAAACUGUGGCAUGAAAGGUCCAAUUCCAGGUGAAUUAGGCAAACUCUACAAGCUAGACACACUCUUCUUGCAAACUAAUCAGCUGAGUGGCUCCAUUCCUCCACAACUAGGUAAUCUCAGCAGCUUGAAAUCUCUUGAUGUGUCAAACAAUGACUUAACAGGAGACAUCCCAAAUGAGUUCUCACACCUUCAUGAACUCACCCUCUUGAACCUGUUCAUGAACAAGUUGCAUGGAGAAAUUCCAAGUUUCAUUGCUGAGAUGCCUAACUUGGAAGUGUUGAAGCUUUGGCACAACAACUUCACAGGAGCCAUUCCUUCAAAGCUUGGCCUGAAUGGUAAGCUAACUGAGCUUGACCUCUCAACAAACAAGCUUACUGGAUUAGUCCCCAAAUGUCUUUGCAUUGGAAAGAGGCUCAGGAUUUUGAUCUUGCUCAACAAUUUUCUGUUUGGAUCUUUGCCUGCUGAACUUGGUCAAUGCUACACACUCCAAAGAGUUAGGCUGGGACAUAACUUUUUGACAGGAUCAAUACCAAAAGGGCUUCUUUAUUUGCCUGAGCUUUCCCUUCUGGAGCUGCAGAACAAUUACCUCAGUGGUUGGCUUCCACAAGAAGAAACGACAAGCACUGCAAAAUCCAAACUUGGAAUGUUGAAUUUAUCAAACAAUAACUUAUCAGGCUCUCUAACAACUUCCAUUGGAAACUUACCCACCUUGCAGAUUAUGCUUCUUCAUGGUAACAAAUUCACUGGAGAAAUCCCUCCAGAUAUAGGGAGGUUGAAGAAUAUUCUCAAGAUGGAUAUGAGUUUUAACAAUUUUUCAGGAAACAUUCCUCUUGAGAUAGGUAAUUGUUUCUUGCUCACCUAUUUAGAUUUGAGCCAGAACCAACUUUCAGGUCCUAUCCCAGUUCAGCUUUCUCAAAUUCACAUACUAAACUAUCUUAAUAUCUCAUGGAACCACCUCAACCAAAGUCUCCCCAAGGAACUUGGAGCAAUUAAGGGCUUAACUUCAGCAGAUUUCUCUCAUAACAAUUUCUCAGGUUCAGUUCCUGAGGUGGGGCAGUUCUCAGUCUUUAACUCCACAUCCUUUGUGGGAAAUCCUCAGCUUUGUGGAUAUGACUUGAAUCCAUGCAAUGAUUCGUCAUCCGCAAUGUGGGACUCUCAGAACAAAGGAAAUUCAAAACCUGGUGUUCUUGGGAAGUAUAAGCUUGUUUUUGCAUUGGCACUGUUAGGUUGUUCAUUGGUGUUUGCAACCUUAGCCAUAAUCAAGAGCAGAAAAGGAAGGACUAGUCAUUCCAAUAAUUCAUGGAAGCUCACAGUGUUUCAGAAGGUGGAAUAUGGAAGUGAAGACAUCUUAGGAUGUGUGAAAGAGAGCAACAUAAUUGGAAGAGGAGGAGCUGGGGUUGUGUAUGGAGGAACCAUGCCAAAUGGAGAGAGAAUAGCAGUGAAGAAGCUUUUGGGAAUUAACAAAGGUUGCUCUCAUGAUAAUGGCCUCUCUGCAGAGAUAAAGACAUUGGGUGGAAUCAGGCACAGGUACAUUGUUAGGUUGCUAGCAUUUUGCUCCAAUAGAGAGACCAAUUUGCUUGUUUAUGAGUAUAUGGCAAAUGGAAGCUUGGGUGAAGCAUUGCAUGGGAAAAGGGGUGAGUUUCUCAAGUGGGAUACUAGGAUGAAAAUAGCAAUAGAAGCUGCUAAAGGAUUGUGUUACUUGCACCAUGAUUGUUCCCCUUUGAUAAUCCAUAGGGAUGUCAAGUCAAACAAUAUAUUGUUGAACUCUGAAUUUGAGGCUCAUGUUGCUGAUUUUGGGCUUGCCAAGUUCUUGCAUGAUACAGGGACAUCACAGUGCAUGUCUUCCAUUGCUGGUUCUUAUGGAUAUAUAGCUCCAGAAUAUGCAUACACAUUAAAAGUUGAUGAGAAGAGUGAUGUUUAUAGCUUUGGAGUGGUGCUGCUGGAACUAUUAACUGGGAGAAGGCCAGUUGGGGAUUUUGGUGAAGAAGGACUAAAUAUUGUUCAAUGGAGCAAGGUGCAGACAGAUUGGAAUCAAGAGAGGGUGGUGAAGAUCCUUGAUGGGAGGCUAUGUCACAUUCCAUUAGAGGAAGCAAAGCAGGUAUUCUUUGUGGCCAUGUUAUGUGUUCAGGAACAAAGCGUGGAGCGACCAAACAUGAGGGAAGUGGUUGAAAUGCUGGCGCAAGCAAAACAACCAAACACAUUUCAAAUGCAGUGAUGUAGGACAGGGAAAAAUGAGAGGGAAAGAAAUAAAGGAAAAGCUGAGUCUAUAGUCUAUACUAUACGUGUGCCAUAUGUGUUCAUGUUGUCGGUUGGUAAAGGUGCCAAGUUUAUUCCCAAUUGGUUUGUCAUUCGAGUUUUGAAGUUCUUUAUUUAUUUCUUCUAUAUUAACACUUA